CGACUACAAACAGCAGCACUCUUCGAUCGCGUUUCUCGUCAUUCAUACUUGUGCUUUCGUGUUUUCCUGUGGUUUUUCGGGUUUUUCACUUUUCUGUGGUAUUUAAACCAGUCGAAUAGCAGGAAAUUAAGUCAGUAUAUUGUCGAAGGUCAAGUGCUACUGUCAUGGAUGUUCAGAAUCUUCCGUACACCUCGGAAUACGCGAAAAGCGGCCGAGCCGGGUGUAAACUUUGUAAAAACAAAAUCGACAAAGAUGAGCUUCGCCUCGGGGCUAUGGUCCAGUCGGCUUUUCAUGAUGGAAAACAGGCGCAAUGGUACCAUCAAAAUUGCUUCUUUCAGAAGCUUCGUCCAACUACCGAAGGAGACAUUGCACACUUUGAGGGGCUUCGGUAUGAGGAUCAGCAACAAAUUCGAGAAAAAAUUGCUGCAUUAGUGAGUGGAGUUGUGGCCCCGCCUACGGGGAAAGGCAAAGGAAAAAAGCGUACGGCGGAACAGAGUAUGGCCCUUAAAGAUUUUGGGGUUGAAUAUGCCGCUUCCGGAAGAGCUCUAUGCCGCGGGUGCGAGAUAAAGAUUCUGAAGGAUGAGAUUCGUAUCAAAAAGAUUGACUAUACAACGGAAGUCGGCAUGAAAUACGGAGGACAACCACUUUGGCACCACGCAGAAUGCUUUGCCAAGUUGCGGUCAGAGCUGGGUUACUUUGACAAAGGCGAAUCGUUGCCGGGUUUCACUGGUUUGAAGAAGGAGGACAAAGAGACAGUGAAAAAAUUGCUCCCGGCGAUCAAACAGGAAGAAAUCCCGGAGAAAAAGAUGAAGUGUGAACCAAAAGACGAAGCAGAUUCGGCUCAAGAGAUAAUUGAUGAAAAGCUCUAUGCAGAGCAACAAAAAGCAUUCUUCAAGAUUCGCGACAAAAUAAAGGACCUUGAUGUUAAGAAAAAUGAUCUGAUCAGUAUACUGAAUCGUAACAAACAAGCGGUUCCAGAAGGAUAUGACGCUUGUCUGGAGCGUGUUUGUGAUAUACUAACAUUCGGAACGCUACAACCCUGUCCGAAGUGUAAGGGUCAAUAUGUGUUGCAAAAAUCCGCAUACAUGUGCGAGGGAAAUUUGACUGAAUGGGUAAAAUGCUUGAACUCGGACAAAAAACCACCCCGUGUCCCGACGAAAAUACCAUCUGAUAUAAAGAAAGCUUACUCAUUUUUGGGCAAAUAUAAAUCUGUCGUCAGUGAAAGAGUUAUAAAAUAUGUUCCGCCGAGUUUGAGCACCACGAUGAAGAAGGUUAAGAAAGAAGAGCAGCUCGAGCCAAAAAUUAAGCGUGAGAAACCAGCGUUGUAUAAUCUUCAGUUUGUCAUUCUCGGCAAGACUGCCACAUCGAAGGAUCUGCUCAAGGAGAAGAUUCAGAAGCUGGGCGGAAAAGUGUCAACUAAAAUAACAAGCACUAUUGCGGCCAUCAUCUCGACUCAGGAUGAGGUUGAGCGCAUGGGAAGUCGCAUGCAGGAAGCGAAGGAAAUGCAAAUCCAGGUCGUCCCGGAGGAUUUCCUAGAAGAUGCCGCCAACGGUGGUGCUUUGUCGUUCAUAACGAGCAAGUCAAUCUGUGACUGGGGAUCUGAUCCACAUAGUCGUAUACCCCAGGACGAAGAAAAGUCCAAAUCGAAGAAGAGCAUUUACACCAAAUCGAUGCCGUCGAAGAUGACGCUGAAGUUGAAGGGAGGAUUAGCUGUCGAUCCCGAUUCUGGACUCGACGACGUAGCGCACGUGUACAAAACGGACAAGGAGAUUUACAACUGUGUGAUGAACAAGGUCGACAUACAAACGGACAAGAAUUCGUUUUUCAAGAUGCAAGUGCUGAAGGCGGAUAAGGGCGGCAAGUAUUGGUUCUUCCGCGCUUGGGGACGUAUUGGAACGACCAUCGGAGGAAAUAAGUUGGAGAAGUGCAGCACUGCAAUUGAUGCAAUCAAUUCGUUCAAAUAUCACUUCGAAGAAAAGUCGGGCAACCCGUGGGAAUCGCAGCUUGAGGGUACUUUCUGUAAGCGUCCCGGUUUAUAUUAUCCAGUGGAUAUUGACUAUGGUGACGAGAAAACGAAAAAGCUUGCGGAGAAUACCAGUAAUAUCAAAUCCAAGCUGGAACCGGCAGUGCAGGACUUGGUGCGCAUGUUGUUCGACGUUGACACCAUGAAGAAGGUAAUGUUGGAGUUUGAACUUGAUAUGGAAAAGAUGCCCCUUGGAAAGCUGUCCCAGAAGCAACUGCUUGCAGCAAUGAAAGUGCUAACAGAGCUAUCCGAUCUGAUUGUCAACGGUGGUAGCAAUCCGUUGUUCAUUGAUGCAUCGAAUCGCUUCUAUUCGUUAAUUCCACACAAUUUCGGAGUAGAAACGCCGACUGUUCUUGACACUGUUGAACAGGUCAAGGAAAAACAAGCCAUGCUGGACAGCUUGAUGGAGAUCGAGAUUGCGUACAGUUUACUCAAUGCAGAAACGGAUGAAAAUAUGAAUCCGUUGGAUGCACACUACGAGCAACUGAAGACGGAGAUGGAAACGUUGAAACGGGAAUCUGAAGAGUUCAAAAUGCUUGAGAAAUACGUGAAGAAUACUCACGCGGAAACGCACACAGCGUACGAAUUAGAAAUCGAGGAAAUUUUCAAAAUCAAACGCAAAGGCGAAGAUCGUCGUUACAAACCUUUCAGAAAAUUACACAAUCGCAAGCUUUUGUGGCACGGUUCGCGAACUACCAACUUUGUUGGUAUCUUAUCCCAUGGUCUCAAGAUUGCACCACCCGAAGCUCCAGUAACGGGCUAUAUGUUUGGUAAAGGUAUUUACUUCGCUGAUAUGGUUUCCAAAUCGGCAAAUUAUUGCUGCACCAGUCCUUCGAACUCAACGGGUCUCAUGUUGCUGUGUGAAGUUGCUCUGGGAGAUAUGGUGGAGUACCAACAGGCUCAUUACGUUACCAAAUUGCCCGCUGAUAAGCAUAGCACCAAAGGUGUGGGCCGCACCUGUCCCGAUCCAAACGAGGUCUUCGUGCGUCCCGACGGCGUUGAGAUUCCCCUGGGCAAAGGCAUCGUAUCGGAUCCGAAGUUGAAGUCUUCACUAUUGUACAACGAAUACAUUGUUUACGACGUGGCUCAAGUCAAUUGCCAGUACAUGUUCAGAAUGAACUUCAAGUAUAAAUAUUGAAUGAUUUAGGUGCAGUACAAGUUGCAUUGCAGCAACAUCAUUCCUAAGUAUUUCUGAAACAGAAAAAAUACUGAUAUAUGUUAUCCUCACUGUUUACGUUUUUGCUUUGAUCGUUUUCACUAUGCUCAGGUUGAUUUUUACUUAUACCAAUUAAAAUACGCUUCAGGCGAUAUAUUUCA